AUGGCGGACGUCCAUGAGUUUACACCGCUGUCGUCCUUGCAAAAGCUUAGUGCCAAAAGAACCUAUGCAAUGUUUGGCUCUGAAUCGUUGGAUGGUCUUCCCGAAAAUGAAGAGGUAGCAAAAAUGAGGACAAGUAUACGAAUACGGAAUGAAUACAAGGAUUAUACUGCCCUACCGGCUGUUCUCCUCGCACAACAGGCACCAGUCGGCCCAGCCAGACCAAAAACAUUAGCUAUCACAGCUGGAGAAACGCCGAGUCCCAGCAAUGAUAAAGCCCUCACUCUUGCACCUAAACCGCUGAAUGGAUCCACACUGAACGGCACUUCAACAACCAACAACUUAGCUGUUGGAUCUCUUGCUACGAGCACAAACUUUACCAAGGCACUUGCUCUACAUAAGCAAACAAAGACCGUCAAGCCGGCAUAUCACGCACCGUGGAAAUUGGUCAGAGUUAUUUCGGGACAUCUUGGUUGGGUCAGGAGUAUAGCAAUCGAACCAGGAAAUAAAUGGUUUGCCACUGGUGCUGGUGAUCGUGUCAUAAAGAUCUGGGAUCUUGCUUCUGGCGAGCUAAAACUUUCACUCACCGGUCACAUAUCCACUGUACGAGGCCUGGCUGUAUCUGGACGGCAUCCCUAUCUUUUUUCUGCUGCAGAGGAUAAGAUGGUCAAAUGUUGGGAUCUUGAAUCCAAUAAGGUCAUCAGACACUAUCAUGGGCAUCUAUCGGGAGUUCUGCAUCCUACUCUUGACGUUGUGGUCACAGCUGGAAGAGAUGCAACCGCUCGUGUUUGGGACAUGAGAACCAAAGCACAAGCUAUGCUCCUUGCUGGCCAUACUGCGACUGUCGCAGAUGUCAAAUGUCAGGCGUCCGAUCCUCAAAUUGAAUCUUUGUUUAGACUAUGGGAUCUUGCUGCAGGGAAAACAAUGGUCCAGUUGACCCACCAUAAAAAGUCAGUCCGGACACUGACUAUCCACCCGGUCGAAUAUUCCUUUGCCACGGGUUCUGCCGGCGGGAAUAACAUCAAGAAGUGGAAGUGCCCCGAGGGCACAUUCGUACAUAAUUUCUCUGGUCACAAUGCCAUCAUCAAUACCCUAUCCGUAAAUGAAGAUGGUGACAAUGGCACAUUGACCCUAUGGGAUUACGGGACCGGAGUGCCAUUCCAAAAUAUAGAGGAUAUUCCCCAACCUGGAUCACUCGAAGCCGAAGCAGGCGUUUUUUGUUCAGCAUUCGAUCUGACAGGAACUCGACUGAUUACUGGUGGUGCUGAUAAAACCAUCAAAGUACGUGAGGGGGUCAUGUGCGAGGCAGCUAUAACUGAUCAACCUUUUUUUAAGGUGUACGCCGAACAGACACGCUAA